UCAUAGGCAAAACUUUGAAACCGUGCCCUCCAUGUUUAGGGGAAGUUUGGCGUUGCUGACAAGACAACGACAACAUGUGACGCACCAGAGAAGAAGUCAUAGACGUUCAAUGGGAAUUAUGCAUAGGCUACUGUACGCGUGGACUCGCUGAAACAGAGCAGCAACCUUUAAAGUUUUUUGAAAGGCUCGUAACACCCAACCUUGAGACAAGCGGGCGAUUCUCCGAUCCAGCGGGUCGCUACGGGCGCAACAGAGUUUUGGAUAAAACACACCGUUGAGAGUUUCUCCUCAGUGGUUCGUUUAGGAUUUCUGCUAAAAUGAGGAACUUAUAUUAAAGACGCUUUCAGGAUUGUUCAGUCCUUUUCCGACCGACUUCCCUCGCCGGGCGAGAGUCGGGCAUUUAUAUCAGAAUGAUUAAGCCGAAAGUGGGUCGGGUGUUCCUGGCGACAUGCGUCGGGUCGUUUUUCAUCCUUAUUUUAUACUUCCAAAACAGCACGAGAUCAGGUUCCGAACAACUUUCGGGUCAGAACGGUUUCUCGAUUAAAUCCGGAAGAAGUCCUCUACAAACACUACAAGAAAACGAUCAGCUGGAUUACUCUGCAGUUAAGGCCACUAUACAGGAGCGACGGGAACUCUUGGAGGAAACCUGUCAAACCUACACUCGUAAAAGACGUGUUCUCAGCCCGGAGGACCUCCGCCACCUCAUAGUGGAUGAUAAACACAAAUUACUGUACUGUUAUGUCCCUAAAGUGGCAUGCACAAACUGGAAACGUGUGAUGAUGGUGUUAACGGGCGAUGGACGAUACCGUGAUCCACUAGCCAUUCCGGCCAACGAGGCUCAUGUAGCGGGCAACCUGCGUUCGUUGUCGGAGUAUUCCACAUCCGAGAUCAACAAGCGGUUACGGACGUACCUGAAAUUCAUCUUUGUGCGUGAGCCCUUCGAGAGACUCGUCUCCGCCUAUCGGAACAAGUUUACUCGUAGCUACAACACGGCGUUCCAUAAACGUUACGGAACUAAAAUCAUCAGGAGGCAUCGAGCUGACCCCCAAUCCGAGGCUUUGGAAAAAGGUAACGAUGUCUCGUUUGAGGAAUUUGUGUAUUAUUUAGUAGACCCACAAACUCAGAGAGAGGAACCGUUUAAUGAACACUGGGAAAGGGUUCACUCGCUUUGCCACCCUUGCCUCAUCCAUUACGACAUGGUGGGUAAAUACGAAACGCUCGCGCAGGAUUCACGCUACGUGCUGAAGCUAGCAGGUGCGGACGGGGAGGUCAAAUUCCCAACCACCUCCAAGAGCACAAGGACAACGGGAGACAUGGCCGCAAAGUUCUUUGACAACAUCAGCCCAUUUUACCAGAAGAAGCUCUUUAACCUUUACCGAAUGGACUUCUUACUUUUUAACUACUCUGUGCCAGAAUACUUGAAGUUAAGUUGAUGGUUUGCACAACUUGAUUGAAAUGAUAUCACAUUCAUUUGCACAUGAAUGUGUCUCGAGGUUUAUAUUUCACUCUUGCGUCUAGAUCUGGAGUGAGGAUCCUAAGGGAAGGACCUUGACUGUGGCGUCACCUUGACUGCCUUGAGGCAAAAUUCAUUGCUGUGAACGAAUUACUGCUGGAAUGACUGUUGCAUCCCAUAAGAGUUGACAAAAUACUGUCUGUAAUUUUUUUGGGCUUUGUGAACUGAUGACUGAGUUUCAACUAUGUGCCUUUGUCCUUCUUAAUGUUGAUAAGUGAAGCGGGAUUCUUCAUCAACGGACAAAUGCCAUGAAUGUUUCACCUUCUUCAAUCUUCGCCACCCAAAUGAUAUUUAUGGUAUUGUUUACAUUGCAUAUUUAUUGUAGGCUUUGCUCUUGAACUGGAACAAGUAAACCUUGACUUCAAUCUUGAAUAAAUUCCUUGAGAAAAGUAUUGUGGCUGAUCUCGAAGCUUCCCAUCUAGCAUUCCCUAGAUAUGAUUUCAGACCAUAAGCCUGCACCAGGAACAUAUUGUCUAGUUUCCAUUUGUUCAAAUCCCAAGGUAGCAAAUCAUCAAAUGUUUUUCAACUGGUAAAGAUAGAAGUGUCAGGGGAGUCAAAUACAGGGAUGAAUUUAGGCCUUCUCCCUUCUUCUUUUAGUCAUGAUCUAAACUGGGCUGUCUACACUGGCCAGUUCACCUCUUCUGGAAUGAAACAUUCUCACAGAGUCACCCCUUUAUUAAGCAUGCGUCGGGCUAUGUAAACAGUGCAUAGCUGUGGUUGGGAAAGGUAGACCCUCAUCAGUGCCCCUCUUGUUGAGUUAUGGAUACAGGGUGAGGUGCAAACUAUCCACUGGGUAUUGCAGGUCAAACAUCAGUAGAGUCUUGGAAAGGAACACUCGUCUUGAAUUUUUAAUAAGGGUUGAAGUGCAAUAAAUUAGGUACCGGUAUCUAUGAGUUUAUGCUUUGAAAUGCGUUGUGAGAUGUUGAACUCCAAUGCGAACCAUUUUUUAUAAACCUUUUAAAGCUUUACAUGAACCUGUUGUGCUAUAGCAGUGUUCCCUAACUUUAUGGAUGACUCUAAACAGUAUUUUGGAUGCCUCCCUAACUUAACACCUCACUAGUUGCUUGUUACGGUCUCAUUAGUAGAGUACUUGAAGACAUUAUUAAUGUGUGCCAGAUAAGGGAGACAUUGAAUAAUGUUUUUUGGGGGAUGCUCCAGGGACGUAGUUUGGGACCGCUGCACUAUUGAACAGCACAGUUUAGAGUCCCGAUUCAAAUGAAGCUUUUGCAAAAAAAAAAAAACAGUGACUUUAUUUAAUGUUCUUGUGGUUUAGUAACACUUGGAUAAAGGUGAAAUGUGUAAGUUCUGUGCCACUGGCAGCACCAAACAGAAAACGUAAAAAUAAGUUUCCAAACACUCCAUCUGACUGCCACAGGUUGGAAAACAGUCACAAUGGGUCAAUAGUAUUUUGUCUAGUCCCACUAGAUUUUUUUCAGCUGUAGUCAUGAUAAAUCUUAUUGGAAGAGCUGAAAAUGUCUGAUUAAUCUUUGUGGGUUUGUGACUAAAAGAUUAUGCAAUGUUGCUCGCAAGGUUCCUGCUGUGUACUAGACUAGGAAUGUAACCCAAAGCAAUGCUUAUCUGUUUGUGGUUGAAUAUUAGAAUUGCAACUCAAAGUGUUUUUCUGUUAGAACAUGUUUUCUGGCUUACUAGUUAGUCACAGUAUUCAUCUUCCAUUUCAGAUACAAUAUGGGCACCGGGAUGCAUUCAUUCAUGCAUCUAAUAAAACAUAUCAAUAAGCAAUGUUUCAUAGCCAAAGGGCAAAUCUGUUAUAACUUUUUGAUUUGAAAGACACUCUGUCCUAGCAAAACCUUAUUUGAUUCUGAUUUUGAAAUGUAUGAAUGUAUUUAGCAGGCUAAUUCAUAUGUUUGAAAAAUGUGAGGUUAAGGAAGCCAUCUGUUGUAUGAGGUGAACGGUUGUGAGUGUGGUAAGUACUCUGUGAUGUAAAUAACAGUUUGCAUCUGUUUUGAAAGCCUGUGGUCACGUACCGUUUAACUGUGAAUGCUAAUGUGCACUAGCCAGUAUGGAAUCUUGCUUUGAAACCAGGAAACACAUUUGAACAAACAUAUAUAAUGUUCAAAUAUAACUAAGUGAAUUGUCCAGUAUGAGCACCAACACAUUUCUGGGUGUUUUUUUUUUUACUUUAUUAGGAACCGUUACACAAACUGUAGAGAAAUUAUGUGAAUAAUUCAGCCUUAAAUUGAAGAAAUUACAAAUGUCUUAAAUAAAAGUGCCACAUUUUCA